CGCUGAGAGCGCAGAAUGAAAGCGGAGCGAAAUCGUGUUAGUAAACACAAACGUGUUGAAGUGUGAAGACGGAUUAAAACAACACAGACAAAGUAUACGGAAUAAAAAACACAAUUGACAGACACAUUCACGCACGGGGGGCAGUUUUUGGUUCGGCUGAUGGAGGAUGAUGAAGAGGAGCAGCUUCGUGAAUCACCACUGAGAAACCAGAGCACAGAGAACAGAGUCGCCCCUCGUGGACCGAUUCGAAGCAGACACGGACGGCUUGAAAACAGAUCCACGCAGACUUUAAAUUCAGCGAGAGCUGGAGAUAUGGCACCCUUUCAGGGGUCUGAUAGAGACGCACCAUCUCACUGUGGAGAUAUGGAGGUCAGGACUGCACUAAGAGCUCAUUGUGAAAUCGCAUCGGUUAUGGCGGCCCCAGGGGAGCCCAGAGCACUUUUUCACGGCAAUGCCGGGUUUCGAGUACACUUCCCUGCCCUUUUCGAACACGUCCCGGAUGGCGCACCGCGCUCGGAAGAGGGGCGGGUGGAGGAAAGGAGGCCAGAUGAUAAAGAGGAGGAAAACAGCGUGGAGAUUCAGAUCGGACGUAAAUUACGGGAAAUGGGCGAUGGGUUUCAGCACGAACAUCUUCAGCUGUUCACUCGGCAUCAAAGAGGUCAGUUGGGUUUAAUCCAGCUAGUGACGACACUGUACAACUUCCUGUUUCCACGAGGAGACCAGCAGAGAUGAACGACCACAUCUUUUCAGGACUUAGAUGAGUUUUACAAACCACUGAUCUGGAUUACACGGCUCCGAAACAGUUGCAUACGAAACAGUGGAAAGUUGCUGCUGGUCGGAGACUUUUCUGCUUUUCAAAGAAGUCAUCCUGGAGCGCCGUCUUUUAUCCUGCAGGAUGCCUAUCAACAUUGAGGUCUCAACAUUCUUUCCUUAUGGUUUCCCAAUUUUUUUCCACUUAUCAGCGGAUGCCUUAACAAACUCUCAGAAGACACCUGCUUCACUAGACAGUGAGAUACACAGUAAAGUGUUUGCCGACGUCUACUGAACUCAACAGUGCUGGUCGACCACGACUUGUGCUUGCUUCACUUCCCUUUGCUUGGCUGUCAUAUCAGUGUUAUUUUGGAUGGAGUUCACAGAUGUUUGACAUCUCAACCAGAGGCCAGUAAUUGUUUCAUAAAGGACCAACGCACAGAACUGAAAAGACAAGUUUUACUACCUGAAUAUCAAUCUUAAGCCAUUUCUGAGAACAAGAAAGAGAGAAAUAUGAAUUUUGUUAUUAAAAUGAAUAUAUGUCGGUCUUUGCUAAAGAGGACGCUUUUUCAUUAAGGGUGAACGCACCACAUGACUCAAUUUACAGAUGAAAAAUCUGUAAAGUUUUUAAACUUAUGAAUUUGCCUUAAUGAAGUCCUCUGUUUUCUUCAGCACUGCAUUUCUAUUAUGCUGUUUUAUAUCAGACCUUGACAUAUAUCAAUGAAAUGAAUUUCUCUCAGGCACUGAGGUAUUAGUUUAGAUAUCAGUGUUUUGAACCAUUGUUUAUUCAUUGACCCUUUGCUAUGCCUCCCAAAUAUGUUACUGACCAAUACAAUAGCAACCGCUUUUGCUACUUUUUUUCUAAAGUAGAUCCUGCUUUUUAAGAUUUAUGUUUUAAACACAAUUUACUGUUUUUGGGAUGUUUUGUGAAGCUUAUGCAGGGUACAAGGCUUAGCAAAGGGUCAGUUUUGGAUAACCAAGAGUUUUAAAAACACCAAACCGCCAGUUUCCGUGCGAUAAAUGCAAUCAUAAUGUCAGAUUAAAAUGUAUAUGUUUGUAAAUAAUAUUGCACUGGAUAUUAUAAAGAGCUUUUUAUAACUAUAAAUGUGAGGGAAAGUAUCCUCAUCUGAAACGAGGACUAUAAUGAACUCAGAGGUGUAGAUUUCUUUUAUAAGCGCCCAGUGAUACGGCCGUGCUUGGUUUAUGAUCUGGUGUCGUUGUUGAUAUUUUAGAGUUUGUAUAUGAUAAGUAAUUAUUUAUUUUCCAAAUAUCUAUGUAAAGCGAAAUGCAUAUAAAUAUGAGAUUAGAUUAAGUCAUGGCUCCAUUUCCUAUUUCUUAAAUGCUUUUUUGUGGUCCAAUCUACUACUGAGGUGCCUGUACUUUGCAGUUUACAACUUUAUAUUGUUAACUUGUGCAUUAUUGGAAACAUUCACACGGUUUAUGACUAAAUUAAUGUUGUCACGCCUGAACAGACAAACAUUACUUUCCACAGCAUUUCUUUCGAUUUCAGACCAGUAGGUUUCCUGAAAACAUUUCUUGUAGGUUAUUUCCAGUCUGUGAUAUAUUACUGUCUUCUUGUUCUUUUGACGGGUGUGCCUGUAAUGCUCGUGCGUUUGUAUCAACAACACUUGCAGACAAUCAAACAACUGAAGGUGCCUUAGAACAGCAGGCAGACGAUGAAGAUUCAGACCAUCAUCACUCUGGGCUUCAUUCAAAAAUACUUCAAAGCGUUGGAAGCGUUUCUUUGGGGCAGAAACCUGAAAAGUGAAAUGACUUUCACCUACACAACAGGGAACUUGUGCGUGAUUUAUGCAUGCGCAGUCUUCACAAGUAACGCGUCUGCUACCUGAUGCACUUCAAAAGAAAUACAUUUACGAAAUCAAUUAAACUGGAUUUUAUUGGGAAUGUUUACAGGACUUUACUGAUGAUUCUUGUUUGAAAUUUUGCUACUUUACUAUAGAAAUGCACAAUUCUUGUAAUAAAUGCUUUUAUGAAAAUGUCUUUUUUAACACCACAAAUGCUGUCAAUAUAAAUGCCUAAAGUUUUUCUGCAAUUAUCACCGCAUUAAAGUAUUUAUGGAUACUCA